AUGGCCAGCGCCCAGGUACCUUUCUCCUUUCCUCUGGCCCACUUCCUCAUCUUUGUCUUCGUGACUUCCACCAUCAUCCACCUCCAGCAACGAAUAGUGAAGCUCCAACCCCUGUCAGAGAAGGAAUUACAGACGAUUCAAAAGUCCUCACCAAACAUGGCAAGCACAGAGAUGCAGCUACAGGGCAUGUUCACGAUCAAUUCCAUUGGCCGUCUGGGGAACCAGAUGGGCGAAUAUGCCACGCUGUUUGCACUGGCCAGGAUGAACGGGCGGCUUGCCUUCAUCCCCGAGUCCAUGCACAAUGCUCUAGCGCCCAUCUUCAGGAUCAGCCUCCCGGUGUUGCACAGCGACACAGCCAGAAGGAUCCCGUGGAAGAAUUACCACCUCAACGACUGGAUGGAGGAACGUUACCGCCACAUCCCGGGUCACUAUGUGCGCUUCACGGGGUACCCAUGCUCCUGGACCUUCUACCACCAUCUGCGCCCAGAGAUCCUGAAGGAGUUCACCCUACACGACCAUGUGCGUGAGGAGGCCCAGGCCUUCCUGCGUGGUCUGCGGGUGAAUGGGAGCCAGCCGAGUACCUUUGUAGGUGUCCAUGUGCGCCGAGGAGACUAUGUGCAUGUCAUGCCCAAUGUGUGGAAGGGCGUGGUGGCUGACCGGGGUUACCUGGAAAAGGCCCUGGACAGGUUCCGGGCACGCUAUUCGUCUCCAGUCUUCGUGGUUACAAGCAAUGGUAUGGCCUGGUGCCGGGAGAACAUCGAUGCCUCCCGAGGGGACGUGGUGUUCGCAGGCAAUGGUAUUGAGGGGUCGCCAGCCAAGGAUUUCGCGCUCCUCACCCAGUGUAACCACACCAUCAUGACUAUUGGAACCUUUGGGAUUUGGGCUGCCUACUUGGCAGGUGGCGACACCAUCUACCUUGCCAACUACACCCUUCCGGAUUCUCCGUUCCUCAAAAUCUUUAAGCCAGAGGCAGCCUUCCUACCCGAGUGGGUGGGCAUCCCUGCAGAUCUGUCCCCACUCCUUAAGCACUAA